GCUCUUUUGUCAAUGCCUGUGGUUGGGGAACGGGGUCAUUUGGAGGCAAAAGAAUCGCAUUACACCUGCACUCCCCACCUAUUCAGCAGGUAUUGCCCGCGCUUUCUUCUAGAGGACUUUCUUCAGGUUAGGUGUUUAUACUUGCUAAACACAUCCAGUCAACUUUCGACCUGUUCACUGUCCUACUUCGACAGAGAGCACGGUGACUGUGUCACAGAUUGGAAUUUUAUCCACAGAAAAAUUAAUUCAUUCGACAAGAAUUUGUUUGAGCAGUUUUUCUUUAAUUUUUUUAACACGAAAUGACUAAUUUACCAGUCUGAAAAACUGUCAGAUUGGUGACUUUCAGGUGAGUGUUCAUCAAAUUGUCUCAAAUCUCGCUUCCGGGGUUAGUCUUGUCUGCUCGAUGCUCAUAAAACAUGAAUAAUUAUUAAAUUUUUUGUUUUCCUGCGUUGGAAGAAUUCACUGCCUUUGGAUAACAAAUUUCUAGUCUAUAAUUUUUUUAUUUAUAUGCAGAGACUAAAUGGAAUAGAGUUCCUGAUAUAAUAUAUAUAUAUAAUAUUGAUAUAUAUAUAUAUCAUUAACAUAUGAUAUUGUCUUAACUUUCGUUAAUCAAAAAUACAUUUAAUUUUUUUAAUUUUUGCUGCGUUGUACAAAUUCAUUUCACUAGGAUAACGAAUUUUAGGAUAACGUGAUUGGAAGGGUGCAGGCUUCUUUGGUGGGUAGGAUGAAAUAAACCACCCUUCAGCUGUGAAGUUUCUGAAUACAGGCUUUUGUCCUUUGAAUAACAUCAGGAUGUGAUGUUUUACAACAGUUUUUUUUUUUUUUUUGUCAGCUAUUCAACUGAUUCUCAAUCCAGUAUAUACUGAAUGCUUAAAAAACUGAAGCGUACCCGGGAACUACGACAUGUGCACAUGCAAAUUAAUUCCGCCUCUCAACUGGAUAGUGGGGCAUUUGUUUUGUUCAGACAAUCUGGACCAAAGAAGCGAGGAUUUGCUGUUUUAUUCCUAUCCUGCUUUUAGCAUAUUUUUUCAUUCUUCAGUCUUUAGUGUUAAAGAUCUCUGCAAUAUUUAACACGUGAGGUGUUGUCUGAACGGAAUAAUUGAAGCUUUUUUUCUCCAGCGUCCUGGUGAUGGUCUUCAAUAUCUGGUAAGCCAUCUUCUUUAAUAUUGUCAUUUUUUUCUUCUAAGCCUCAGUAUUUUCCAUUUUGUCUGAAAUUAUUUGGUUGCCGUCUAUGUUUGUCCUUCUUUUAGCAAGUGUGUAUUUAGUUCUGAUACAGGAAACUGAUGUGUGAUUGAGAGACGAGGAAAACAGAGUAAAUGAAAAAAAAAAAUUCCAGGUGUCACAUACAUUGGCCAGAGAUGUGAACACACAACCUUUUUUUGUUUCUGAUGCACAAGCAGCUGCGGUGUCAGGUUGUCCCCAAAUACCCACAAAUACUCACCCUUAUAUACAUUCUGGGUGCGAGUAGGGUACGAUGGGAGGGAAGAGGGUGCCAGGGGUGUAUGCGCUAUGAUCCGUGUCACGUGGGCGUUGGGGAUGGGGAUGGGUAGGGAGAAGGAAUUCGUGCCAUAUGAAUGUCCUGAAAUGGCAGAUAGCAAGCUUCGUUAAAAUUUUAAAACUUCGCAAAGUUCAGAUGAAGAUUGAUGUCGAUGGCUGCGACUACGUUGACACGUUUAUGUGCGUUGUAGCAAUGCCUUGCCACUUUGUUUGUUUCAGACAAAGAGUUCAGGAUCUUACAGGACUGGAUACUAAACAUGAGGAGACUUUCACUAUGUUUCUUGAGUCUUGUGACUCGUAUCAGUGCAGUCACAACCCCACCAAGCAUUUUUCGGCAGGCAUCUCAGAAUGUUCUUUACAAAGCAGGAGAAACUGUAGAAAUAACAUGUGAAGCACACGGCUCGCCGAGACCAGUGUACACCUGGAAACGUAACGGAAUUGACUUCAGUCCAAGCGGAAAUGACGAUCGCGUAGUCCAGCUUCAGAAUAUUGGGACACUUGUCUUCACUAAGCCCGAAGCUAAAGAUGAGGGUAUAUUUCAGUGUUUUGCAACAAACAACUAUGGUGUGUCGGCAUCGGUCAAAGUGAACUUAAGAGAGGCAAAACUAAAGGACUUCCCGAUUAUGCCAGACGUCCAUAGGAACCCUAUAUUAGGCUCAGACUUAACACUGGACUGUGUUCCCCCUGAGAGCAUACCCGUACCAGAGGUGUUCUGGGCUGUCAGAAGGCCAGGAGGAGGUUUUGACCCCUUGAAUCUUGAUGCACGUGUCACCAUGGAUAUAGAACACCGCCUUCGAAUCUUAAAUGUCAAGAUGGAAGACCGGAUGGAUGGUCGGGGUUAUAUUUGCAUGGUGAUUAAUGGACUCAUGCGAAAGGGUACUCAAGGUCCACAGUAUUUUAUUAAUCCAGGAGGAGCUGAAGUGACGAGCCUUCCGAAGUAUAUGUGGUCAUCUCCAGAGGACCACUUUGGCCUUCUUGGAGACCAGUUCAAAGUCAAGUGCAUCUUCUCUGGAAACCCGACACCAGAUGUACAUUGGGAGAGGGCAGAUGGAACACCCAUCCCUGAUCGGAUCAAAAUACAAGCUUUUGGGAUGGAACUGUUUAUUGAUGAACUACAGUUUGAGGACGCUGGAACUUAUGAAUGUUGGGUCGCCAGUCAAAGUAAACGUGUUCAGAGAACUAUCUCAGUCCGUGUGGAAUCUGUACCUUACUGGCUGCUGGAGCCAAAGGAUGUAGAAAUUGGAGUUGGAGGCACAGCACAGUUCGACUGCUUGGCAAAGGCUAUUCCACCCCCAGAGUACUUCUGGUUUAUUAAUGGAGUCCCCUUCGAACAUGUGAGGGACAGCAGGAUCACCCCAGACCGCUUCAAGCGCCCGCGUCCUGACCGCAUAGUGUUUGAAAAUGUCAACAGGGAGGAUUCCAUGGUGAUCCAGUGCAAUGCCACGAACAAACAUGGUUAUAUUUGGGGCGAUGUUUACUUGAAUGUGCUUUCCGAGGCUCCAACAAUCCUUACUCCUCCAGACCAGCUAAAAGUUGUGGCGGAGGGAACGUCUGUAAACCUGACCUGCAGGGUCGCGGGCAAGCCAGACCCUAUCGUCACGUGGUACAGAGACAACCAGCAGAUCAGUGGUGGGAGGUAUAAGAUCAUGCCCACAGGAGACCUCUAUAUAAAAAAAGUAGUGCUGUCAGAUGCGGGGCUGUACACAUGUGAGGCUAAGAAUGUCUACAACACGACCAGCAGUUCUGGGAAACUAUUGGUGAGGCGCAAGACGGUGAUAGAACAGAGGCCUCUGGACCUGGAGGUGAACGCAGGGAGUGAUGCAAAACUAAGUUGCUCUGGAACCACUGACCCAGCAGAGGUGGACAAGCUGCAAAUAAAAUGGCUGAAGGACAACAAGGAACUCUCAUCAACCUCGCAUAGAAUAACUACCAACAAGCAAGACAACUCCUUGACAAUAUCGGGAACCAUUGUAAGAGAUUCUGGAUCAUAUACCUGUGUUGUGACCAACGGCUUAGAUCGAGACGAGGCAUCUGCGGUGCUAAUUGUCAAAGACAGACCUGAUUCUCCAACUGAUGUGAACGUAGUCAAGUGUACCAACCAUUAUGCAACAAUUAGCUGGACACCAGGCAGCCUCAACAAUGCACCUGUUCAGUAUUUUGUAGUCUUAUACAACACAAACUUUAGCCCGGAUAAAUGGAUGUUUGGAGCAAAGGUGGAGUCCUCCGAAACUGAGUUUAACUUCAGCAUGACUCCCUGGGUUACCUACUCCUUCCGUGUCAUCGCCUACAACAAAAUUGGAGAGAGUGACCCCAGCGCCCAUAGUCCAACAGGCUGCAAAACUAAACCAGAUCGCCCUCAAGCUCAUCCCCAGAAUCUUCGGACCAUUGGAGACAGACCUGGUCUCCUUCACAUAGAAUGGACACCAGUGCCAGAGAUCCAGCACAACGGGCCUGGCUUUCAGUACAUACUGCAGACUAAGCGUGAAGGAUAUGAAAACAUCGUUCAGCAAAUUCCAAUCGAUGAUUGGAGAACGAGAGAGAAGUUUAUUACAGUUGGAGACCAGAUUUAUGAACCAUACAUUAUCACCAUGAGAGCCAAAAACAGCAUUGGUGAUGCUCUGCACGACCCUCCCACAAUUCGAGGCUUUACAGCUGAGUCAAUUCCCAAUAUUGUGCCCGAAGCUUUGCAGGCAGAGCUGGUGGAAGACACCUAUGCAGUGCUGACAUGGGAUUUUGACUAUCAACAAAUUAACAAAACACCCACAGCCAUCAAUGGAGAGUUCCGUGGAUUUAAAAUUCACUUUUGGCAGAGAGGGUACAAAGAAAACACACUCAGGGAGUGGAAUGUGUCGCCACAGGAUGCCCUUGCCUCGCGAGUAGGCAGACAGUUCCGAGCAACGAUCCACCAACUUCUGCCACAAACAACUGUAGAGGCACACAUUGCUGUGAUGAACAACUACUAUGUCUCGCGGCCAACAGAUGUCCUGACAUUCCAGACAAAGCCAGGACUCCCUGGACCAGUGGCUUUGUUCCGACCAAUCAACAUUGGAGACAACCAUGUUAACUUGGAGUGGAAGCCACCAGAUGAAAAUCGUGGAGAUAUUUUAGGAUAUGACAUUGGAUAUCAACUUGUGAAUGGGCUUGACCUUGGUGAGAUGCAAGAACGAGACCCUCAGAUUGGAGAUCCCUACACCAGCACCGCCAUAGUGAGCGGCCUCUUGUCCACCAAGAAGUACCGCAUCCACAUCUGGGCUCGCACCACAAAAGGCCGGGGCGAGAGCUACUUCAUCGAGAUCUUUACGACAGCUGGUGGUGACCUUCGAGUUCCACGCUUUUCGAUCACUGAUGUCGGGCGUGACUACAUAAAUGUUUCUUGGUGGAUAAACCCAUACGCCAAGUCAGGCACCGUUAUCUUUGUGGAGUAUAAAAGGGAAGGUGCACCAGAAUGGAGAAGAUCAAUAGACGAAGUCAUCUCAACCUCGAAGGACAUUAAGGGACUGGAACCAGGGACUACCUACGAACUGCGUGUUGUAGCCACCAGUGGUAAUGCGUCACGAGCCUCACACACUGAACGAGUGCGGACCCACGGAACAGCUAUUGCCUAUGCACUGAAUGGCAACUUCGGCUGGUUUGUGGGGAUGUUGUUAGCUUUCAUCCUAUUCAUCGCCCUCAUCGUCCUCUUCAUCUUGUUGUUUCGCAAAGGAAAGAGAUUUAAGCGGAAGGCUUCCACCUCUAGCUCACACUAUGGAGAUGAUGCUACAAAUUAUAUCGACACACCUACACGUUCGUCAGAAGCUCGUGGCUACAGCAAUGAUUACUACGAAAAGAAGGAAUAUGAUGAUGACAGAUACUAUGACCACGACAGUAAAGAGAAUCACACAGAUGAUUACUUUGAUGAUCGCCAUCAUGACUCUGAUGAUGACAGGGGUGGAUACGAUGACCGUGACUACAGAGACAGGGAUUACUCCCGUGACUCUGAUGAAGAUAGUGAAAACCAUGCCAAGAACUACCCAAAGAGUAGAAAAAGACGAAUAUCUUCCCAUGCACAUUAUGAAGAGUACGAACGCAAGCCCUCUGCAAGCUAUGACCCCGACGUCGAAUGAACCAACCCCCUUUGACCCCCAUGGCACACAUAAGGAUAAUAGGCUGCGAAAUUAUUCUCGCGGAGUUGAACCCCCUGCCUCCCUGCCUCUUCCACUUUUGAGUAGAAAAGCACUGCAUGGAUUAUUACAAUCAGUCCCUGAACCAUAACCCUGGCACUAAAGAAAUCGUCGUCGUCGUCGUCGUCGUUGUUGUUGUUGUUGUUGGAUAUGAAUGGAAAGUGUAUCUUCCAAGGAGGGAUUUAUAAGCCAGGGGUAGGGCCAUCCGUUACACGGUGUCGCCCAGGUUAUUUAUACUUUAACUCUUUCGACUGAUGUUAGAGUGAGUUUUCAUCACCUUUUUCUCUGUUCUAAAAUCUGGCUGCAGGCUACAAUCUGAUCUGAUAUUUUCUGAAUACUUUCCCAAAUGUGUUUUGAUUCUUUUCAAAUAUGUGGCUUUGGUUGUCAAAUUUUUACCAGAUGUAUAGGUUGGCAUUUAUAUACAUAUAUAGUGAUUCCAGACAUCUGUGCCGCUCUUUCUCUCUGGUUUGUAGACUAGUGCUAUUAGAUAAUGACUUUGAUUUACACCUUUUUUCAAUUGUUUUGGUCUUCAACUUGUGAUUAGUGUAUUUAAAUGCUUUUCGCAUCAAUCUGUCCGCCACACUUAAUGUGAAUAGUUACAUUCCGUGUAAAUGCCUUUUAGUAUUGAAUUUUCGUUUUCAAGAAGCAUUAGUCAGCUUGGUAUUAAUAGCUAUUUAACUAAUCUUCUUUGCGGUCACUAAGCCAUUUGUGUCCCUUUUUGGCUUUAGCAGUCUGAUGGGUCUUCCUUUUGCUGCUGCUUUCUCUUCUAGUCUUUACUUGACAAUUAUUGUUUGAGUUAGAUUCACUGAUUUAUCUUCUUCGUUCAGUAAUUCGCCAUCAAUAGUCUGGCUUAACAUGUUUCUUAACUAGACGAACAUAGAAGUACGUUUGACAAAGUCUGUUUAUAACAAUAAUAUGAAAACUUUUCCAAAUAAAGGCAAGCGUCCAUAUUUGUCUACGAACGACUUUAAUGCUUUCAAACGUUUCCUCGACAUUUAUAUCUACACCAAAAGUAUUUAUUGAGAGUACAGUAAAACUUCUCGUGCUAUGUAUCUGAUACAGUAAGUAAUUGAUUCUUACGGGAAUGGGAACUGAUAGAAAAAGCACAUAAUGUAAUGAACAAAUAAUCAUGUGACUGUGGCAAUGAUGUUCUCUAACCUGCUGUUGAUUAUAAAUAUAUUACAACUGUGCUUACUGCAUUAUGUCAUCUGUGACUGAUUCACAGUGUUAAAAAUUGAAAUAAGUUAGUGGGUAUAUUUUGUUUAAUAAGGGACUGCUGGGCAGUUCUGAUCAAGACAAGAAGCUUUAUUUAACAUGGUGAUAAUAUACCGAGGCUUCCAUAAUUUGUAAGAAUUGUUUCUAAUUUUGCUUUUACUAAAAAAUUAUAAAAUGAUGUACAAUAUCAGUAUGUGGGCAACCUGUCUCAUUUACAAUAAAAAGGGAACAAAAUAUA